AUGUCGUCGAACCUUUUGAACCAUGAUUUUGGCUCCGAGGACGAGGACGAUGAUUUCAACCCCGUCGCUGCAGAUGAUUCUGAUGCUGAACAAUCUAAGCCGGUAAAGACUGUUCGAAUCAGCGAAAAUGCCGCGAACGACGAUGACGAGGAUGAAGCUCAAAAUGGCGACGAUGACGAUGAAGGCGCCGAGGAAAAUGGAGACGAUGACGAUGAAGAAGGAGAGGAAGAAGAGGAAGAGGAAGAAGAGGCAGUGGGUCGCCCGCGCAAGCGCAGAAGAGGCGGUGUCUCUUCUUUCUUUGAAGAAGAGGCUGGUGUUGACGAAGAGGAGGAUGAAGCCGAAGAAGAUGAGGAUGAGCUUGCCGAUUUCGGCACAGAAAUGCACCCCGACGAUCUCGAUGCAUUGCCCGUCGGUGCUGAGACAGAUGACCGCCGCCACAGACAACUCGAUCGUCAGCGUGAACUUGACGCGACAAUGGAUGCUGAGAAGCAGGCGCAGAUGCUGAAGGAACGUUAUGGCCGAAACCGUGCCGCCGCAACGGAUGCCCUUGUGGUCCCCAAGCGACUGCUUCUUCCUAGUGUCGAGGACCCCAGCAUUUGGGGAGGUCGCUGCAAGCCUGGCAAAGAAAGGGAGGUUGUCUACUCCAUUCAGAAGCGCAUUGAAGAACGCCCUCCUGGCUCUCGUAACCCGAUUCGAAUCAUUUCGGCCUUUGAGCGUGGAAACAUUAUGCAGGGUUGGUUCUACUGUGAAGCACGCAGACAAGCCGAUGUCACCGAAGGCCUGGAAGCUAUCAACUUCUAUUAUCCCUCACAGAAAUUGACGUUGGUUCCCGUUAAGGAGAUGCCCGAUCUUCUCCGAGUCCAAAAGUCAGAGGAGCUUAACCCUGGUGGAUGGGUUCGAAUUAAGCGGGGCAAGUACCAUGAUGAUCUGGCCCAGAUUGAGGAGGUUGAGACCAACGGUCUUAAUGUGACUGUACGACUUGUCCCUCGACUGGAUUACGGUAUGAACGAUGAUGCCGCUGCGAUUGUCGAUCCCAAGCGCAAACGCGGCGCUGCAAGUGCCGUCCGGGCCCCACAACGCUUGUUCAGCGAGUCGGAGGCCAAGAAGAAGCACGCAAAAUACCUCUCGUCCACCUCAGGAUUGGGUGGUAAGUCAUGGAAUUACCUCAAUGACAACUACAUUGAUGGUUUUCUCAUCAAGGACAUGCGAGUCCAGCACUUGAUUGUUAAGAAUGUAAAUCCUCGACUUGAGGAGGUGGCCAUGUUUGCACGUGGAGGAGAAGAUGGCACUGCAAACCUCGACCUGGCGUCUUUGGCCGAAACAUUGAAGAAUACGACUGCCGAAGAUUCAUACCAACCCGGUGACCCUGUGGAGGUGUAUCGUGGCGAACAGCAGGGCUUGAUUGGCCGCACAGUCUCAACCCGGGGCGACAUUGUCUCAUUACAAGUCACCGAGGGAGAUCUGGCCGGUCAGACAAUCGAUGCUCCCGUCCGAACUCUUCGCAAGCGUUUCAGAGAAGGUGAUCAUGUAAAGGUGAUCGGAGGCAGUCGUUAUCAGAACGAAUUGGGUAUGGUGGUCCAAGUCAAAGAUGACACCGUCACCCUGCUCAGUGAUAUGAGCAUGCAAGAGAUUACUGUUUUCAGCAAGGACCUUCGCAUUUCUGCUGAGAUGGCCGCUGAUGGCCAACUUGGUAUUUAUGAUGUUCACGACCUUGUCCAGCUUGAUGCUGCCACCGUGGCUUGCGUUAUCAAGGUUGAUCGUGAAUCUCUUCGCGUGAUUGAUCAGAAUGGCUCUGUUCGCAAUGUUCUCCCCACCCAGAUUGCUAAUAAGCUCACCCCUCGCCGAGAUGCUGUGGCAACAGACCGCAAUGGCGCAGAAAUUCGACACGGAGACACCGUCCGUGAAGUUUAUGGAGAGCAGAGAAAUGGUGCUAUUCGCCAUAUUUACCGCUCUUUCCUCUUCUUGCACAACAAGGCUCAGGCCGAAAAUGCUGGCAUUUCCGUGGUGCGAACAACAAACGUUGUCACUGUCUCUGCCCGUGGUGUCCGUCCUACCGGACCGGAUCUAAGCAAGAUGAACCCUGCUAUGGCGAUGCAAAUGCCGGGCGCAGGCCGAGGUGGUGCAAUGCCGCCGCCCCAGCGUGGUCGCGACAGGCUGAUCGGUAAGACCGUGACCGUCCGCAAGGGUCGCUACAAGGGUCUAGUCGGUAUUGUCCGGGACUCCGAUGAUAGCACCGCCCAGGUUGAGCUUUACACCUCCAACAAGCCUGUCCUUAUACAAAGGGAUAUCUUAACCCCGAAGGACCCCAUUUCUAAGCAGCCAUUGGACGUAGGCCGUGGAAGAGGAUCGCGUGUCCCACAUGGAGGCGCUCCUCAGGGCCGUGACGGAUGGCAAGGUGGGCGUACUCCAAUGGCUUCUGCCGAUUCUUCCAGGACCCCGGCUUGGGGCGGCGCAUCGUCCGCUCGCACUCCCGCUUGGUCUGGCAUGGGUGGUUCCCGUACGCCUGCCUGGAAGAACGAUGGAAACCGGACUGCAUACGGAGACGGAAGCCGCACCGCCUACGGUGGUAUGGGUAACAGAACUCCAGCAUGGAACUCCGGAUCCCGUACUCCCUAUGGUGACACUGGCUCCAGCUCUGGUUAUGACGCCUUUGCCUCUGGAUCUCGUACACCAGCUUGGGGCAACGCAGGCGCCGGAAACCGCACCCCGGCCUGGGGCGGAGCUGGCCUGUCCAAUAGCCGAGACCAGCGGGACUACGAUGACGCUCCCACACCCGGUGGUUACUCCGCUCCAACCCCGGGAGCCUAUGCUGCUCCCACUCCUGGUGCAUCCGCCCCAACUCCAGGCGGUUGGGCCGACAAUGCUCCCACUCCUGGUGGAGCUUUCAGCGCUCCUACUCCAGGUGAUAUACCCAAGCGUGGCUACGAAGCUCCAACUCCUGCUGCGUACGAUGCACCAACGCCAGCCAUGGGAGGUGUAGCUGCUACGCCUGGUGCAGGCUACGGCGACGACGACGCUGGUCCACGUUAUGAUGACGGCACACCCAGUCCGUAA